AUGGAAGAUACGGAUUCAAAUGGCACAAUAGAUCCAGAAGAGCUGAAGCAUUGUUUUCAUAAACUGGAGAUAUCUUUCACUGAGGAGGAGAUCAGUGAUCUCUUUGAAGCAUGUGAUGUCAAUGAGAACAUGGGUAUGAAGUUCAACGAGUUCAUUGUUCUCCUCUGCCUCGUCUAUCUUCUCAAGGAGGAUCCAGCAGCUCUUCAUGCUAAAUCACAGAUGGGAUUGCCAGAUCUGGAGGCGACGUUUGAAACGUUAGUUGAUGCAUUUGUUUUCUUGGACAAGAAUAAAGAUGGUUAUGUCAGCAAAAAUGAGAUGGUGCAGGCCAUAAAUGAAACUAGUUCAGGGGAACGCUCCUCCAGUCGAAUAGCAAUGAAGAGAUUUGAGGAGAUGGACUGGGAUAGAAAUGGAAUGGUGACCUUCAAGGAGUUUCUUUUUGCUUUCACCAGUUGGGUUGGGAUAGAUGAUGUUGAUGAAGAUGGAGAAGAGAGUUUAAAUUGAAAUCAGGGGACAAACAAUCUUGGGGGCACUUUUCCUACACUUUCUAGUGGUACUACGAACUAGCCAUUACUUAGAGUGGUCAAGUUCUGAUGUAUGGUUAUAGUUUCCAUUUAAAAUGAUGGACAAGUAAAACAUCCAGAAUCAGUGCCACUACUUCUCCGUCUAUGUUUUCUGAAUUUUGUUGUAAAUAUUCUAAAACUAGUAGAACUCAGCAGAGUCACAAUAAGAGACUAUAGACUUAUUCAGUGGAUUCUAGAAGUCUGCAUACUGUCA